AUGGAGUUCUCGUCUCAAGAUUUCGGGUCUGCCAAUUACUUCAAAACAAGACCAACCUACCCAGCCGGAUUUCUGCACCUGCUCAGCCAAUAUCACAAGGGCAAGCGAAGCUUGCUAAUCGACGUGGGAUGCGGUCCUGGAAAUUCUACUUUGGAACUAGCCAAAUAUCUGGGCUUCGAGCAGGUUUGGGGCUCGGACGUGUCUCCCGGUAUGAUCGAGACUGCCAAGACGCAGAAGGAGCUCUCGAACGGCGAAUUUAGCGCCGACAACGUCCAGUUCAGCGUGCACGCCGCAGAAGACCUGGACUGGGUGGCGCCCAACGCUGCAGACAUGGUGACGGCGGCCCAGUGCUGCCACUGGCUGGACUUUGGCGUUUUUCAGAACGCUGUUUUCCGCACGCUUAGGAAAGGGGGCACACUUGCCAUCUGGGGGUACGUGGACCCACAUUUCGCAGACUAUCCCGAGCUUGACCGCGUUCUAUUCAAUUUCCAAUACGGAGAAGACCAAUUGGGGCCCUACUGGGAAAAGCCGGGUCGAGUUAUUUUACGGGACUUGUUACGAACGCAGAAACUCGACAACUCACGAUUUGAUGAUGUUUUACAGGUCGAGUACGACCCUCGAAACCCGGAAACCCAGUCUACCCUACAAAUCCCGCUAAAAGUCGAUCGCCAGAUGACCGUUGCCGAAUUCGACCACUAUAUCGAGAGUUGGAGUGCCUACAACGCCUGGAAACGCACAAACAAGGCAAAAACUGACAUUCGCCAGCACUUCAUGCGUAAAUUGAGAACUCACACGGGACUGUCGUCGUCCCAGUCUACGAUGAAUGUCACUUGGAAGACCAUCUACAAAUUUGCUCGCAAAAAGUCAUAG